AUGUACCACGAAAUGUACGAGUUCUCCUUCUGGUUCGUAAUUCUGGAGUCUCUAGUUUUAACGGCUCUGCUACUAUUUACAACUGUCUCGUUUUUCCUCUAUUUCAUAGAAAUUCAAAUCAUAUUUUCUUACCGGAAAACCACUUUUAGAGGACCUUUCUACCGUUUGAUGUUCGUUGGAAUAAUUGUCGACAUGAUUUCCGCUAUAAACAUGUUCACCGGGCAAGUGAUCCCAGCUAAAAGAUGGUUUGAACCAUUCCUCCUUCGCCAUCAAAGUUUGCUCGGCGCAACAUUUAUUACAGUAACCUACGGAGCUCGUUGUAUCCAAGGAGCCACUGCGACUAUUUUGUCGUUCUGUAGAGUUUGUGCAGUUUGUUUCCCGAUCUUUUAUCAUAAGCUGGGCCAGCCAAACUACAUUUACACCGUGCAAUUUUUACAAGUGUCUGGUGUUUUUGUAGCAUUGGCACUUUUGGGACCGGAUACUUAUGAGUAUAUAAUGGAGGAUAAUGGGCUAUACGCUGUGGGAUCCGAUGACGCGGAUGCGGAAUGGUUCUACAACUUUGUGACCAUUAUGGAAGUAUUCUUCGUGCUAGCAAUCGUGGCAAACAACAUGGUGACAUACACAAUGUUCAAAGUAAAGUUCAGUAAGAAGAAAAAUAUAAACACCAUCUCGCCUAGUAAAUACCAAGGGAGCCAGGAGAAGCAAAAAAGGGAAAACGGUCUGGACAAAAUGACAUUCAUCGUAUGCCUCGUAGAGAUAAUCUAUUUUGCGUUCAUAGUCUACUCUCUCCAAAUCAAUCAAUCAAUGAACAAGAGAGUUUUCUACUUUCUCUACAAUAUCCUCUGUGUGAUCUAUUCCACAUUUUCCGCCUGGAUGCUUCUUUUCGUUUCGAAACCAAUCAAUGCCCAGUUUCAUCAGAGAUUUUUAAGCCUGACAUCUCGCCGUUCGACUCGAUCCAUGUCAAUUUCUGUUCAAGGCAGUCGUGAUGCUAAUAAAUGA